CCCUGAUUUGCUCUCCAAUUCCUCCCCUUUUCUCCCGCUUCCUCUCUUUGUGUCAUUAGUCCAUUUUGAACAGUCUCUUUCCGACUUCUGACCUAUUCCUUCCUUUGUUACCACCUUGCAGCGCUGUUCUUCACCACUGUUAGUGUCAUUGUGCCGCGACUGCGGAAUGCCGUCGAGCGUUUGGCAGCACACUCUGAGCUUUACAUGACCUUUACGUUGCUGUUGUUAUAUUAAACAGGGAUACUCUCCGACCCUUUGCACAAGGCGAUCGAGGAUGCCGUCUUCUUCGAGGUCUGACAGUUUAAAAAACCAAAAGCUGGAUAAUGACAGCUUCGUCGCCUUCGACCAUGCCGCGGCUGGACAUGACGGUGUUCGGUGUACGCUCUCCGGGUCCUUCAUCGCAAAACCAUGUACCGCUCAAGAAAUCGCUUUCUAUGAAUCAACCGCCGCCCACCCCACCUUUCGCGAAUUUAUCCCUACGUACAUUGGAACGUUAAGUUCCGCCGAUCAGAAAGAGCCCGCUGCUGCCCUCACUGCCGCAGCUGCUUCGCAGCAGGGAGCUAUCGUCAUCCCGGGCUCCGAUCACUCAACACCCGCAGAAACUCCGGUCACCAGCGAAACUGUCCGAUUGUCCACAUCAACCGCUCCGAGUACGUCUGAAGCAGCAUCAGACGUAACAUGGACUCCGUCCACAUCUGCUGGGAAAAAGCUGGAUACAGGGUUGUCUAUAGUACUAGAAAAUGUCGCGUCUGGGUUCAAGCGGCCGAAUGUUCUAGACGUCAAGCUUGGGGCGAGACUCUGGGCUGACGAUGCUAUCCCCGCAAAGCGAGCGAAAUUGGAUGCAGUGUCCAAGGAGACGACGAGCUCUUCUCUUGGGUUCCGUAUCGCAGGGAUGAAAGUUUGGACCGGCGUCAAUGGCGAGGCCGAUGAGGGGAGCAAAACAAACCCUUAUAUUACAAGGUAUCAACAAUCAGCGGGCGCCAAAGGCGAAGUGACUGAGCUGGACGGUUAUAAGCGUUACGACAAGUGGUAUGGUCGGUCCCUCACUGCCGAGAACGUCAGAAGUGGGCUAGAAACAUAUCUCGCAGGCGCAAAAGCCGCUGGAACUGAUAGAUCCAAAUUGGUAGCCAGCAGACUGGCGGCUGGGUUGAGACGCGUGCAACGGGUUCUUGAAUCCGAAGAGAGCCGCAUGUAUUCAUCGAGCGUGCUAAUAAUCUACGAAGGGGACACAGAGGCAAUGGAGCUUGCCCUAGAGGAGGAACGGAAGGCAAAAGAAGCACCUCCACAAGAUUCAGAUCAGGCGGAUGAGGACGAGGAUGAUUUUGGUGGCCUCGAGCUCCAGGAUAUAGCCAAUUUGCCCGCUGGAGAAAAUGGAGCCAUAAACAUAACCAUUGACGCCCAGACCGCUCAGAUGGGCGAUCCCGAUGAAGAAGAAGACGAUGAGGAGGGACCGAAAGUACAUGAUCUUCGUCUGAUCGACUUUGCGCAUGCCAGCUGGACUCCUGGCCAGGGGCCGGACGAGAACGUCCUAACGGGAGUGCGUAACUUGGCUCGCAUAUUCGAGGAACUGUCGAAUUAGAAGUACGACCAUCACUCCAUAAUAUAGCCAUGUACGGCAUCUUAUUUGUAGUCGCUGGCGACUUCGAAUGGAUUUCGUUCAGUAUAUUGCAGAAACUUACCUAGCUUAGAUCAAUGCAAUUAACAAUUAGUCCUUG